GAAGAGAGAGAGAGUUUUAUCUGAUUUUAUUGGGAAAAUAUAUUUAUUAUUUUUAGUUCUUUGUUUUUAAACUGGUCAGCUUUGUGUCUGUGCGGGUUUAUGUAUUGGAGAGCUCUGCUUUUUUUUUUUUUAGAUUUCUUUUAUAUUCAGAGCAGACAUUUCCUGAUCUUAACUGAGGUUUGUUGGUUCUAUUUGUUAACCCAUUUUUUGUUGAGAAAAAGGAAAUUGAAUGACCAAAACUACUUUUGUUGUCUGUCUAAAUAGUUUCCACAACUUGAUUAGUUUUUAGUCUCAAAAGGGGUUGUCAUUUUUGACCUUCUUCAUUUCAUCUAGCUCUUUUGCUCAACUGGGUUUUUGGUGCGACAGAAAUUGUUAAAUUUCUGUGCUUUUCUGCCUUUUUUUUUUAAAUUUCCCUUUCCCCCUCUUUUUGGGUUCUGUGAAGAUAGAUUUUGGUGGGGGCUUGGGAUUUGAGGGUUUUUGGAUGAAAAGUGGGUCUGGGUUUUUAGGGUUUUUGGAGGGAGAAGAGAAUGGGAUUAGGCAGUGAAGAUGGAAAGAUGAAGACUUCUUGGGAUGUGGGCAAAUCAAAGGGAAGGAAGAAGAAGAAGAAAGACAGUGGUGGUGGUGGUGGUGAUGUUGUGGAGGAGGCAGAGACUGGGUGUUGGAUCAAGUUCAGGUUCAUGGGGAGCUGCAUUUCUUCAAGAUCCAAAGUUGAUAGCUCUGUUAGUGGGACCAGUACUCAUUGCGAAAGUAAAUCAAUUAAUGAUACAAGUAUAGACCAACCAGCAGCUCCUGCAGUCUCAUCUACAACGACAAGUAAUACAGAAAGUAAUUCAUCCACCUCUAAACUUGAAGAGGAACUUAAAAUUGCUUCUCGACUGCGAAAAUUCACAUUUAAUGAUCUUAAGUUGGCAACAAGAAAUUUUAGACCUGAGAGUCUUCUUGGUGAAGGUGGUUUUGGCUGUGUUUUUAAGGGGUGGAUUGAAGAAAAUGGAACUGCUCCGGUGAAACCUGGUACGGGACUUACUGUUGCCGUUAAAACCCUUAAUCAUGAUGGGCUUCAGGGUCAUAAAGAGUGGUUGGCUGAAGUGAAUUUUCUUGGUGAUCUUGUUCAUCCUAACUUGGUUAAACUGGUUGGUUAUUGCAUUGAAGAUGAUCAGAGGCUUCUAGUCUAUGAGUUUAUGCCUCGAGGAAGCUUGGAGAACCACCUAUUUAGAAGAUCUCUUCCUCUUCCAUGGUCCAUAAGGAUGAAAAUUGCCCUAGGUGCUGCAAAGGGUCUUGCCUUUCUUCAUGAAGAAGCUGAAAGACCAGUAAUAUAUCGUGAUUUUAAAACCUCCAAUAUCCUAUUAGAUGCGGAUUAUAAUGCCAAGCUUUCUGAUUUUGGACUUGCUAAAGAUGGUCCUGAGGGAGAUAAAACCCAUGUAUCAACCCGUGUGAUGGGAACAUAUGGUUAUGCUGCCCCAGAAUAUGUGAUGACUGGGCAUCUCACAUCAAAGAGUGAUGUCUAUAGUUUUGGUGUAGUUUUACUUGAAAUGAUAACUGGCAGAAGGUCCAUGGAUAAGAAUCGACCUAUUGGAGAGCAUAACCUUGUGGAAUGGGCUCGGCCACAUCUAGGCGAGAGAAGAAGAUUCUACAGAUUGAUAGACCCUCGGCUUGAGGGCCACUUUUCAAUAAAAGGUGCCCAGAAAGCAGCACAACUGGCUGCACACUGCCUUAGCCGGGAUUCAAAAGCCAGGCCUCUGAUGAGCGAAGUUGUGGAGGUGCUGAAGCCUCUGCCAAAUCUCAAGGACAUGGCAAGCUCAUCGUAUUAUUUCCAGACCAUGCAAGCUGAGCGAACUUUAUCCAGCCCAAAUGCCAAAAAUAGCAACCGAACACAAGGAGGAUUGUUGAGGAAUGGACAGCAACAGAGGAGCCUUUCAAUACCAAAUGGUUCCCAUGCAUCUCCUCACCAUCAUCAAUACCCCCAUCAAUCGCCAAAACCCAAUGGAAAACCAUAGCACAUGGUCAGUAAUUAUCUCCUUUUCUCCAACCCUUUGCAUCAUUCAAUUCUUUCCCUUUGUUCCCAAUAUAGAUAUAUUUUCUGUGAAAGCAUUUGUUCUUGGACACCAGAAAAAGCAAUGGGAACAUUUCCGCCGUAUGUUGUGUUUAGAAUGAUGACCAGACCUUCCAGCAGGGAAGAAUGUUUGACAGGUGAAGCUUAUGGAGCAAAAUGUGUCAACGCUAAGUUGUCUUGAAAUGUUUAAAGAUUAUUGGCUUCUUGGUAAUUUUUUUUCCUUCUUUCCCACCAUCCUUCAUCCCAUUCAUAUAAACCCGAAAUUAAGCGUGAUGUUGCCUCGGGAACAACUGUGCAAUGUUAGUGAAGUUCUGACGGCAGCUCUAUUUUUGAUAAAUCCAGGGUUCCAUUGAUCCUUGUUACAGGGAUGUGAAUGGCCAUGUGCUGCCUCCGUUUUUGCUA